AUGAUGGAAUUUGCGAUAGUCCGUCGAGCGUUACUCUUGCUUAUUUCCGCCUGGGACAUCUACGGACAAAUAAGUAAACCAAAUCAACAAGCCCAAGCUCAGCUUCUGACAAUCGAACUGGACGGUGUUGCUCAAGCAGUGAUCAAAGCAAUCAAGAAAGGAAACACAUCUUUACAAGAUUACGGAAAGUCAUUUUCUGCAGCGCCACUGGACGGAGCUUAUUUUGUUCCGUUAUGGGAAUUGAACGCCAUGUACAAACUGUAUGCUACCCUAGGUCUCCCAUCAAGAAAGGGAAAUUUAUCGACAACAAUAAAUCCGAAGUUUAUGAUCGGCGAGGUUAUAGCAAUUUACGUGAGUGCUCAACGUGAUAUAUUAAUAUUUAGGUAG